AUGCCGCUACCACCGGCGAUUAAAAGCUUGCUGCAUGCCCCAAAGUAUGCAGCACGGCAGUCCAAGUAUAAUAAGAACUUGGUUAUAGCAGCUGGAAGUGCUGGUUACCCACGGCGUGCGCCGCAUGCUCAGCUUUUGGACGAUAUAUUCGCGUCUGUGCGCUUUGAAGCACAAUCCAAAGGCGUCGAGUGGGGUGAAUGGCUCACUAUUUUGACGGCUACCAUGUUUGCAUUGAAUGCGACCGAAAGUUUGCAAGGACUGCAUCGGUAUUCCAUGCGCCAGAACGACUCGCACGAGCCGCGGCCUUUGGCGGAACGCGUGGAACGCGCAUGUCUCAUGCGUGAAGUGGGGCUCAAAUGCCUUGGCUUAAUAGGUAUACCAAAGGCGAUUAAUAACCUUGCGGCGCUCCGUACCGUUGUCGACUCCGACUCGGACUUGGCUGAUGCAUUGCCGAGCCAACCACGUCGUGACUUAACACCAGAGCAAUGGGAGGCCGCGCGUAAGGUUGGUAGCGAUUUGUUUGAUGAUAUCUAUCUGAAACAGUCAAAGCACCUUCAAGGCGUCCUUGCACAUUCGCAUCCCGACCUCGGCGUGUUCAUCUUGCAACAUGAGUAUGGCCCCUUAUUCGCUCCUCCGCCGCUGUACCACGGUGUUGCUCAUACCGAUAUGGAGCCUUGGGAAGUGAAUCGCAUUCGCGUAAGUCUGUUGGCCAUCGCCUCGCUGCACGCCCAAGGCGGCGUCGGUCCGCAAGUGACGAGCCAUAUUUACGGAUUGCUUCGUUCGCGUCCGAGCUUUGAGCAUUUGGAUGGCCCAGUACGAGUAGGAUUAGAUUUUCUUGCGAGUGCUGAAGGCGCAGUGUGGGUUCUCGAGACGAUCAAUCGCAUCUGCGAAGUUGUCGAUGGCGCAGAAGACCAAGAUCGAGAAGGAGUGCCCAAUGCGCGUUUGUAG